AUGGAGAAGAAAUCGCUGGCACAUGGCGCGAAAAUCGCCGAGAUUGCACUCCUCAAGAAGAAGCUGGAUGAGCUUACCGAGCAUCUGGAAAAGCUUCUGGCAGCGCAGCUACAAAUCCAAGCCCUCGUCAAAGAUCGCGAAGAGAACAGCUAUGCGUUAGCAGCCGUCUUGGGCGAUGAAGGGGCCGACCAAGGUGGUCUCACCGCAGAGGUCGACGCUGUUUCCCUCGAUGUUCUACUGGAGUGGCGAGCUGGUUCUGUAGCUGCUGAUGAAUCUGGCUAG